UCUUGAGUUGUUAGUUUGUCUUGACCUACCAUUGUUGUAAAAUUCAAUCUACAAGUAGCAACUGUUGCUAAGGUUCCCAUUACCCAAGUAACUGGUGGUUGUUGACGCUGGUCUUGUGGGUUCGCUUUCUUUCACUGUGACAGAAUUUGGCUAACUAACUAAAGACAGACAGACUGUGUGAUUUCAUUCCAGUCAAGAGUGCCACACAGUCUGUGGGUUUGUGUUUGUCUUGGCCCUGCAGGACUACAAGGUUGCGUACACAUGGCAGAAGAAGAAUAAGCUAAUAACGUUUUUCUGGACCCUGCUGUCAGUGUGUGGGAUUCUGAAGCUGCAGUUUGACUGCAAACAAAAACGGUCAACCUGUCCUUCCACGUUGGAACAAUUGUCACAGUCGUGAGUGAUCUGCACCAGCACGAGGUCAUGUCAUCUGAUUACUGGGUGGAGCACUGCAGUGACGGCCAGGCAGAGGACACUGGACUGGAAAAGCAGCAAGGAAAAAGAAAGGAAAAGGAGGAAAUGGAGGCUGCCUGUGGGGACAACCAACCUGCUGGGAACACGAGGCAGGAGGAGGUAGGAACAGAAGACUCUUCGUCACCUGUCCAUAGUGGCUUACAAGUAGUGACAUCAGAAGGUGGACUGGAGCAGGUCCAGAGGGAGGAGACACAGACUCGAAAAGAGAGGAAGAGGUGUUCCCACCCGCCUGUCAACGAGGGGAAUCAACACACGGGACAAGGUGCUCGUGUGGUGGAACGACACAGGAGGUCCAAGCCAAGGGGCUUGUUAAACUGUUCCUACCCAGACAGGGAAAGGGGGAGGCAGGCAGAGGAACCAGGGGGGCUUGGGCCUUUCUACUUCAUAGGAGGAGCCAAUGGAACUGAAAUAGUGAGCAAUUACUGUGAGAGCAGAGGAUGGAAGAGGAUUUACAACAAGCAGAGGGAGGAUUUCAAACUCAAGUGGUGUGAGACCAAAUCAGCAACUAACUACAGUCACUUCAGAGAAGGUGAACAACUGUUGUACCAGAUUCCCAACAACAAGGUGCUAACCACUAAGAUCGGCCUCCUCAGCAGUCUGCGAGAGUAUGAACGAGUGAGCAGUAAACUCAAGCAUGGUCAAGGAUUUAGGAGAUUGAAAAUGGAAGAGUUCAUUCCCACCACCUUCCGCCUGGAUGUGAGGGAAGAGAGGGAGGCUUUCUUUGCCCAACAGGAAGGUCUGAGCAACAACAAGAGUCAUAUGUGGAUCUGCAAGCCGACAGGUCUGAACCAGGGCCGAGGAAUCUUUCUACUGAAUAGUCAGGAGGAUGUCGCUGCCUUCAGACUGAAGCUGCAGCACAUGGAGGAGAGCAAGUCCAAAAGAAAGCCCCAUCAGCGACAGCCUGAGGCUCACAUCGUCCAACAUUACAUUCAAAGCCCACUGCUCCUGAAAGGGAAAAAGUUUGACGUGCGCUCUUACCUCCUCAUCGCCUGCACUGCGCCUUACAUGGUCUUCUUUCGUCAUGGAUACGUACGACUGACCUGUGACCUCUAUGACCCCAGCUCCAACAACCUCUCAGCUCACCUGACCAACCAGUACGUGCAGAAGAAGAACCCUCUGUACAGCCAGCUCAAAGAGGACACUGUGUGGUCCAUGGAGAGCUUCAACGCCUACGUCAACGACAGGUUUCAGGUUGCCAAGGGUCUGCCCAGGGACUGGGUCCUGGGCUUCUUUGCAAAGCGCAUGCAGCAGAUCAUGACCCACUGUUUCUUUGCAGUCAAGUCCAAGCUAGACUGCCGACUGGGAUUCUUUGAUUUGAUUGGAUGUGACUUCAUGGUUGAUGAAAACUUCAAGGUGUGGCUAUUGGAGAUGAACUGUAACCCAGCCCUUCAUACCAACUGUGAGGUGCUGAAGGAGGUGAUACCCAGCACUGUGAUGGAAACACUGGAUUUAACUCUGGAGAUCUUCAACAAGUGUCGUCUCAGACAGAGCAUCCUUCCUUUGGACAGCCAGAGAGAGUUUAUUCUGCUGUACAGUGGUGUUUUAACUCCUGCUGUGUCGGGCCCCAGCAAGACCAACAGCAAUGUUCACUUCCACCUAAAAACUAAGAAAAAGACUGAAGCCAGAAAGUAUUCAUCAUGGACAGAGGACGAUGCCAUGACCUCAGAGUUGUCUGAUAAAUCCGUGAAUGCUGCAGUAAGUCCCACCACAUCCACCACCACCUUCCCUCUCCAUCCAAACAGUUCAUCUGUACAAGAGCCUUCAAAUGACCACAGCAGCACAGGCAGCACACAGGGUGUUAGAAGUAAGAACACCGGGCCUCGGGCUGAACUCAAGCUGAGCAAAUGUACUGUGCAUCAUCGUAUAAAGGCUGCAGAUGAUAGGAAGUUCUCGAAGAAUCAGCAGAGUAUGACCCUCAUCGUGUGCCUGUCAUCGCAAGCCCAGAGAGGGCAGAGUUUUACCAGUGAGAGACCAUUCCCAUCCUGUGCUGGACCUCCAGUGUGCACUGACUGACAUGAAGAAGAAAAACUUGAAGAGGACGUAUAAAGAGUGUAAUGCACUAGAGAGACGAGGAACUGUGAGGCAAUGUGAGGUAUGUGAAUGGUAAUAACUUUGCCUAAAGAAUCUGGAGGACAUCUUGUUCUUUUAGAGAAGAACAAAUGAAUGUGACAAUAAAGAUAAGUAAAGA